AUGGCAACGGCGGGUUGCCCCCCACUUUCUCCAUCCGCAGCUGCACCUCCAUCUCCGCCGCUUUCGACUCCUCCGACGCCAAGCUCCGAGCUCUCCGGAACCUCUUCCCCGGCGUCGGCCUCGACGCUUACGUCAUCCCAUCUCAAGAAGAGCGAGUUCAUUGCUAAAUGUUACAUGAGGAGGACAUUUAUAUCGGGUUUCACUGGGAGUGCAGGCACUGCUGUUGUCACCAAAGAUAAAGCAGCUCUUUGGACAGAUGGGUCCUAUUUUCUUCAAGCUGAAAAGCAUUGAAGGCAUAUUGUUACGCUUGGCUGAAUUAGAAGAGGCAGAUUGGAGUUGGUAUCCAUCAAAAUCUCUCCCACCAGCUUUUCAACCGGAUGACCUUACUGAACUUAGUUUGGUGCAUAGCAAUAUUGAUCACCUCUGAACUUAGUGAACUCUCUUUCAGUGUUGGAACUUGGAAGACUUGCAAGAGAAGUAC